UGAGCAGCAUUGCGCAUGCGUGACUCGGUUGUCUAUCGGCACUUUGGUGCCGUGUCGAGCGCCUGCGCAUUUCUGGCUGGAGGCGUGUUGCGCCUGCGUUCAGAGUAUUUGACGCGUGCGCCGUGCGUUCGGGGGCGAGUGAGCCGAGAAGCUAAAAUGGAAGAUGAGGAAAUCGCGGAUAAUUGGGAGGAAGCGGCCGAUAGUGGGGAAAUUGAUCGACGACUGGAGGCAAAAUUAAAGAUCCAACAGAAGGAAAAGAAAUCAAAGCUGGCACCUAAAGUUCCCAUCGUCAUACAGGAUGAUCUCCAUCCAACACCCUGCACUCCACAGAUCCGCAUUCUAAAGAGACCGACGAGUAACGGGGUGGUCAGCACGCCGAACUCUGCUACAAGACCUCCUCCACAAGUCAAGUCACUGGCCCAGAGAGAAGCUGAAUACGCAGAAGCACGGAAACGGAUCCUGGGGAGUGCAAGUCCUGAAGAAGAAGAUAAAACUAAUACAGAGAGAUAUCUAAGGUUGAACUGUGAAGUCAGUUGACAUUCCGUGUGGACACACCAGUAUUGGAUGAAGUUCAGGCCAAUCAGGAUCACCCAGUUGGAGGAGACGAGGCAGCAGAGCUGUGUAAUUCGACAGCCCCUGGGCCCUGAUGGUACACAAGGCUUCAAACAGCGCAGAUAAAACGUGGGCCAGCGAGCGCGCUUUGUAAAACAGAACUUUCCAGGACCGAGCGUGCAGUGUUGGACAGAGAGAACGGACUCAAGCAGAGGACCUGAUCUGCUUCUCUUGCACUGUGAUUCCCCCUUUGCUCCGCCCACUGUGACUUUUCUCUUUGCGCACUGUGACCCCUGCUCCGCCCACUGUGGUUGGCACACUGCUGUGAGCUCUCUAAGGAAACCGUGAAGGGGAGGUUUCUUGCAAUCAGACUGGCCAAGAAUACAUUGUGUGCCAUUUCUAACCAGAAAUUUGCUCCAGCAAUAAUACUGUUUAAGAAUGUUCGAUAGUUUAUCUUUUAAUUUCAGAAAAGAGUUUGACUAUGUAUUAGUGAUGGGUGCUGUUUGUCCUAUUUCAGCCCACACUUCACAGGAUUAUUUUGGUUUCUUCCCAUCUGACCCAUUGCCACAAGAUAGUCUUUUAAGAGUAAUUAUAUUACUAUGUGAAGUACAUCGAAAAAUCCAUCAGAAAUGCACCCAUUUUAAGUUUGGCUCAUCUUUAGCUAUUUAUUGUAGGCUGUAUUUAAAAUAAAUGUUUUCAAAACAUCUAUCUGGAGAAAGAGGCCAAAAACAUGAAAUGAUCCACAAAAGCAAUGUGGAGCACAGACUUGGGCUGUUUGGCACAGCAGACCAAGGGGUACAUAGCAGUUGUGUUCAGUAGUGCAAGUGGUCUGUUGUACAACCAAUUCCUGUCCUCGCAUCCAUAGUAAGCGAGCAAGUCCAUCAGUUACCAGAGAACUAGUUUGAGGGGGGGUGGGUGCGGCGGGGGUAGGAAAAGAGAGAAGCUCGGAAUAGUGGCCGUGAAUGUUGCUGUAUCUCACCCACCUGAAUAUGGUUGGCUGCAUUGGCCAAAUCCCAGCUGAUCACCAGGAUUUAUUUUUUAUAUCAAAUACUAAUACGGUGGUGUGAUUUUAAAAAUAUGGCGUACCAGGGUAGCACUUAAGGUGCUAGCGGCAUAAUGCUGUGGUCACGUGAUCUUAUUCCAGCACUGCCUUAUGCUCAAAUUCACCAGCUAUGCUUUGUGCAUGAUGGUUUUUUGGUAUAAACUGCAGGAUAGGUAUAACUUGCAGUAGUAGAAAAUCUCUUUGUAAAAGAGGAAGUUUCGGCAAAGGCCAUGUCUGUAGUUAAUGCUGCUCCCAUUGUGAGUCAGUGCAGAGCAGUAUUGCUUCAGAAACUGGGAAAGUUUUCAACGUGUUCUGUUUGGAACCUUUCCAGUUUUACGAAGGGGAGAAAUAAGAGGAAGAGAGAAGGACAAGGAAUAAAUGUAAUUUUUUUUUAAAAAAGGGAAAUAAAAUGGCUCCAAUCAAAUUAUAUGUUGCUUAGAGAAGCUGAAAGGUUUGAGGCUAAGUAGUGGAGCCUGAGAUUUUGGUACUGUUUCUCGUCUCCCAUCUGGUGGUUGUGUGCAUUCUGUGCCCUGCUGUCUGACACUAAAGCGAGGUGUUGCAGUUACUGCCCAUCACUAGUACAUACUCAUAGUAUUUUUCAAGGCAAUGCCUUUAUUUUCUAGAAUUUAAAAAGAAAAGCUGUUUCUAGGUCCAUCUAAUGUUAAAAGGGCACGUAUGUAAUUUCCUUGUGUGGCUCGCACAUGAAUCAUCUGUCUUGUGUGUGCGCAAAUGCGCAUGUGUUUGUGUACGUGUGUAUUCUGUAUAUGUCUGCCUGCGAACAAAAUAUUGCUUCUGUGUGGGGGGGCUGGGGUGGGAUGGAGUGGAGAUUAAUUGAUGAAGAUUGGUAAAUUUCAACCAGUGCUUGGAAAAAAAAUAUUAGCUGCCUCCCUCCUGUACAGCUGCUAGCACAGCCUCUCAAUACUCUAGCCAUCAAAUUAUUUGCCUGAGGUAUAAAACCUGGCUGAAUUGAUUUGGACUGGGGUUGAAUAGACUUCAAAUGCUGUCCAUGGUCAUGAUGAAAACUGUAAAAUGUCAGACCCUAGAAGAUUUUUAAACUUUUAUAAUGAAUAAUAUUCAAAGUGCUUCCCCAGCAAUUGUUAAUGUAAUCUUUUAUUUUCCUGCAUAGCUUGUUCCCAGGUUUGGGUUGUCAGUUAUUUUCACACUACCUAGCAUUUCACUUGAUCAACAGACUGACACCAAACCUGACCUCUGGUGUUGAUGAACUUGGUGCAACUGGAACAAUUGCCUACGAAUCUUCAGAAUAUACUUGUUCUGUAAAUAAUAAAAUGCCUGACUCACUGCUGGUUGUUAGGAUUAUAUACUGCAUGAUGUGGUAUACACACAACCAGGAAGGUCAUGGUUCUAAUCUAAUCUCAAUCAGCCAGGCAGUGGUGGCUCUUACAAGUGGCUUCUGUGCCCCUGGGACAGGGAGGGGAAAAUCUAGGCAGUUUUUUGUUCUACGUGGUUAUUCAGUAACUAUUAGGAACGGGCAUAGACUCAGUUUUAAUCCUGCUGUUUUACCUUUUUGAUUCCCAUCUUUCCUCCCUACUCCAGUCAAAUAAUCUACAGGUGCACAUUGUUCUGCUCCCACAUCACUUGGACAAGGUACUGUCUAUCAAAUUGUACCCAAGUCUGAGUUAAAUGCCUUCAGGUGUGAAAAGGUGGAGACAGGAAAUUUGAGAUAAUCACUGGAUUGGGGGAUUUAUAUUUCUACAAAAAGGCAAAGGUAUAAACUAUUUAUGUACCUAAAAGCAUAGUUGAGUUAAUGGAGCAAGUAAUUGUUUGUUUCCCAGUCAGAAUUACAAUCAGGCAACUAGUUUUUUUAAAAAUCAAGCUUUUUUUUUUCUUGCAGUUAUUGAUUUCGAAGCCCUUGUGUCUAAUGGUAAGCCAAAAAAAAACAGUUUACAAAUAGAGCAAACGUAGUAGCUUACAGCUGAAGGCUGGCGCUGGUAUGAAUUGUGCAACAUUCUGGUGUUUUGUGGGGUCUGUUGGACUUGAGCGUCAUUGCCAAAGAGGCAAGGUGUUUGCAAACACAUGGUAUUGUGCGGACAGAAUGAAAUAAAGUAACAAAGUCAAAACUAGUCUUGUGCACAGGACUGUGGAAGAAUUGCCAUGUUCGGUUUGUUUGGACUGGAGGAAUCAAAAUGGGCUGGAAAAACAUUGUACACUUUAUCAGCAAAAGAUAAAUAAUAACCAUAGUUACUGAAUAAAAUCAGGAUGCAACUUGGCACAUUUGCAGGGAGGGCAAUGAUUGAAGACCAGUUUCAGCUCAGUAAUAGGUCAGUGUCAAUUGAGGAUGGGAUGCAGAUUAAAAAGGUUGGGGUGGGUUGGGGAAAUGGCCUAAGUAAAGCUAAGUGUGACUUCUGAAUAUGCUGAGAUGUGAACCUUGUUACCUUUGCAUGUUAUGAAGUCUUUGUCAAAGUACAUAGUCCUGAAUGAAAAUCUUUGAUGAAAUAAGUCUGCACAAAGAUUGUGCUGCUGCAUGAAAUUCUUGACAUUCUGAUCUCACUAAUCCAGAGACUACAGAAUGAUGGUGCUGCCUCCCCGCAGUAGAGCUAAUACAUGGCCCCUGCCGUUUUACUCUUCCAGGCAGCUUUGCUGAGAGCAGGCUUUUAUGUUUGGAAUUGUCACAAACCUGAUAGAAUUGCCAACAUGUAGUGCCAUCCAGAAUUUCAGGAAUCUUUAGAGAGUGUAUAUUAAAAUCAGUGACAUGAGCAAUGUAAAGCAAUAUUGACAGUGAUUGGACCAUAGUACUGUUACUCGACCUGUUUGUAUUCCUAUUUGGCCAGUAAAGAUUUUUUGGCAGCCAGUGGAUAAAGGAUAAAUAUCGAGCAAUAAUGGUUUGAGACUAGUAUAUUCACAUGAUAAAUGAGUAGGGGAUCAAUUUUCAGAAACUGGUCUCUAAUGUAGACUAUCAUUUCACUAUGCCUGUUCACUGCCACAGAUAUCAUAAAAAGCAAGCAUGAAAUUGUUGCAGAGUUGCAAAAAUGGACCAGUUACUUUUCAAGCCUUGUGAAAAGCUCCAGUUCCAUUGUGAGAUCAGUUGCUGGAUGGUGAAUACAUGAGGACAGCUGUAUGCUCUAUAUUGUGUUCCAGGCCUUUGAGUUGUGGGGCUUUUUUUAGAAAAAAAAUGUAUCUUAAUCAGGGCCACUUUCAUGACUGAAUAAGCUAAAUUCUGUCUUUGGUUAUGUCAGAUUACUCAAUUUUCAAACCAAUUGUUUGGAGAUCGCACUUUGUGCAUUUGUUUUCAUAAACAGUAAGCCAGUUACCUUCAUAUUAAUUCCCAUUGUGAUUUACUUUAAUCACCAGCUUGAUCUGGGCUCUCAAACAGCUAGAUAUUGGUGAUGUACCAGCACUCCAAGAAACUUGACUUUACUCUGGAAGUAGUUGGUUCAGGAGUUUCUUUCAUUCUAAGAAAAGGGCAAGUUCAGAAGUAAAUUUAGCAAAAUGGCAAAAUGAAUUGAAAACGGACAUUAAAAUUCAUCCUUAAAGUUGAUUUAAAGGUUAUUUGUAUUAGUCUAAAGACAACUUUUUCAUCUGAAUUGUGUGAAUCUGGUGUCGGAGCAGAAGACAGCUCUGCUUCAGUGGUUAUAAUGGAAUGUGAUACUUGUGAAAUUUGUAAUCUACUGGAAAUACUUUGGGACCUUCAAUGUCAUAAAUGUCCUUCUGCGAUUGUCAUUGACAUUAGGAGCUUGAACAAUACAAUGUUUGUAAGUGACAGGUAUGUAACUUAGUUGGAAGUUUCUUUUAAAGAACAGUAGAACUCCUUGGUCACAUUGCAGCUUUUCACUUGUUUCCAAGUAUCUUGUGAAUUAAAAAAAAACAGUCCUAUUUUAAUGUAUGGUAGAAUGCAACUUGAAGGAAUGAGUUACCCAGAUUUGCUGAGGAAAAUGUAGGUGGUUCCUAAUUUAAAUAUAAAAUGGCAUUAAUGUCCUUUUUCUACUACCCCUCACCGAUGUUAGCAAUCACCUUGACCCCAAUGAGCUUGUUGUCCCAUACUGCCAGUUGACCUCUCGAACUGAAGUAUGAGGAGUUGUACUUCAACAGUAUAAUUUGCCAUAUCUUUUUAAUUCUGCAAAGAAUGUUGUAGACUGAAAUUUGGACUUGUACAGAAUUGGCUGUCAGUAUUAACAUUGCUACUGGGCUACAACAUAACAAGUACAAGGCAAAAUGGUUAAUGAAAGAGUACCACAUCUUCCCUUGACAGAAAAAUGGCUUGACCGGAUGACUGUUGAAUGUAAAGAGAGGAUUUGUAGACCUUUUCAAACAUUCUGGUUGUCACUGUGGCAGCAGGUCAUGUAGAUAAUACCUUCUCCACACUUGAUGUGUUUGAGUUCAGUUAGUAAGCAAUAGUAAUAAAGGGUCAUGAUUUCCAUUACACUGUAGUUUGUGUAUCUUGCUAUGUGGAGAAACCAGCCUAGUAUCUGAGACUUGGAAUUGUUGGGUUCUUGACGUGCUGGAUUCCUAGUAUAAAUGUAUUCAGUUUUAUCUGAACUGUGACACAUGCCACUUAUAUGUAACCUGUAAGAGCAAAGGGUAACUUGCCAGGAAGCCUCACAUCAAUCAAGUAAACAUCCUGAGAACCAUUUGAGGUGUUGUGUAGAAUGCACUUUUAUGCCUGAGUACUGAACUGUACUGUACUCCUGACUUGGCAGGUGAGGAGGGAACAAAGGGAAUGGAGGUGGGGGGGAGACAGCAAAACAAAAAAUGAAAACAUUUACAAACUAGUCUGAUACAUAAAUUUAGACCAUUGAACAAUUCUAGAGUUUUGCAGAGAGGCUUGAGUUAUGAUGUACAAAAUAGCUCCUGUGCGCAAUUCCUUAGGGUUUAUACUAUUGGCUUAGCGCAAUCAAUGUUUGGUCUUAAUUUGAGAGUAAGUACAUGAACUAAAUUUUUUAAUGUUCUAAAUCUGUCUCAUUAAACAUUGGUUUCCCUGAUGUAAUGCUGUGUGGUGGUUCUUUAAAGUUGUGUGUAGGCCAGCAAAAGGAUGAAGGAUGUAUGUCAAGCCAGUAAUGUUCACAAAUGGCAUUUAUGCUUAUUGCUAUGCUUGUAUAAUGAGGAUUACGCUGGGAAUAUGCUGCUUUAUUGCUAUCGAUGCAGUUUAUUUUUCAAAACUUUAGCAAAAUAUCGCCCUUCUGUGAGCACUGAUUUUCCCCCAAUUCCCCUUUGAAGAUUUCCAAGUCAGUCCAGCUGCUACUUCUGGGAACAUGCCGCAUCUUGGGGUUGCCCUGAUUCAGAAGGAAGAGUUAGGAACCAGGCUUGGUUUACAUGGAUUUGUGGUUUGAUUAUUAAGUUUGCACCUUAGUUAUAAAUGCAGACAAAGUUUUUUUUGUUUAUGUCUGCUGCAGCUUUCACCUGACCUAUUGUAUGUGGCAUAUAUAGAUUUUUACAAAAAAAAACUACUGUCCAUUCAUUAGGACUUUAUUUUUGAGGGUUUCAUUGUUUUGGUGACUACACAUGAAUGGUUAUGCUACAUACUUGCGGUUGCAAAUCAGUGCUUUGAAAAGAUGCUGUCAUUGCACUUCAUUGAGACAGUUGCAUAUUGCAGGAGCUUGAGGUACUUCACUUGGAUCCGGAGACUUAUUGAACCCCUCAACUUAUUUCAUUUAUAAACUGUGCAGUAUAGUUUGGGGCUUCUUAAAGGGCAUAAUUCCUCUGGAAAAAAAAUGUUUGACACAUUGGUUUAUUUGGGUAUAUGAUGCAAUGACAUUUUAUCCAUCAGUGACCUUGUUCCAACAAAAAUUGGAUGUCUCAUUAAAUCUUGGGAAAUGACAAUUGGUCAGUUGGCAUCUGAAAGAGAGGGAUCUGGAAAUGUUUUAAGUGGGGCACUUGAUUAGGAUGACUAUUCUGUCCCCAAACAAAAGCAGUUUCUUGGAGUACUUUAUAAAGAAACUGCCCCAUUACGCUUGCAGAAUUACUCUGAAAUUGUCCAUCAGGUUCUUGCAUGCUGUUGCACUCAAGUCAAUGGAAGUGGUAUGCACUUGUGUGCCAUAUGGUUAGUGAUGUAAACAAUUGCUAGACACCAGUCACAUGAUCUAAAGUAAAUUUUUGCUUAAUUGUGUUGACUAGCAGGUUAUUGUCUGGUAAGAUGUCUAUCACUGUAUUUUGUCUUUAUUUACUGGCAAUGUACACAAUGUAACGUUUGUGGGAUUCAGUGUUAACAGCUGCUGUUUGGUUGAAUUUAUUAUGGUCCUUCCUAUUUGCAUGAAGGCUGGGAAAGAUGUGCAAAUAUUGUUUUUAAUUGCCUGUUUAACAUCUUUAUCAACAAAUAGAUGCUUUGGCUAUUGUCCUUUUUAAUUUUAUAUUUUAUCCUGCAAGAUCAUCUGGACCCCUUGAAGCAGCAUUUUCUUACAGCGUUCAGGAAAGUUCUGGUCUGUGAGUGCUGGACAUAAUCUGUACAACUUCUGUUUAUAACUGACUGGCAAAGUUAACUAUAUUUUGAGUAAAAUUUUCUAAGAUUA